AAAAGAAGUGCCACCCAAAAUAAUUUAGAAUUUUUAAUUUUUGACACAGUUUUUGUGCGUUUAGCUUUGUGACAAAGGUCUGACAUCAGAAAGGAGGCCUGUUUUCCUAUGAAAUACAAACAAAUGGGAGAAGAAGAGCCAAUCAAAUACCCAAUUUUGAGAGCCACAGACACUGGAUACACAGAUAAAGCCUCACUGAAAAUUCCAUUUCCAUUCAUAUUCCGCACCUUAACCUUAUAACUUCACACUCUUUCAAACAAUAUCCCUUUCCAUAACUCAAAAUAAUCUCACCACAAAACAUGGAGGCCAACCACCGCAUCUCCCGAAUUUCGGCUCACCUCCAUCCUUCAAAUCCACAGAUGGAUCCCAUGCUAAGGGCGGCGGAGUGCAGGGCCAAAGGCGGCGCCCCCGGCUUCAAAGUGGCCAUAUUGGGCGCCGCCGGAGGCAUCGGGCAGCCCCUCUCCAUGCUAAUGAAGAUGAACCCAUUAGUCUCAGUUUUGCACCUAUACGACGUCGUCAACGCCCCCGGCGUCACUGCCGAUAUCAGCCACAUGGACACUGGUGCAGUUGUGAGGGGGUUUCUCGGGCAGCCGCAGCUGGAGAGCGCGCUCGAAGGGAUGGAUCUUGUGAUCAUACCUGCGGGAGUUCCCAGGAAGCCAGGGAUGACUAGAGAUGAUCUCUUCAACAUCAAUGCCGGCAUUGUUAGGACACUCUGCCAAGGGAUUGCCAAGAGCUGUCCUAACGCCGUUGUUAACUUGAUCAGCAAUCCCGUCAACUCCACCGUGCCCAUCGCUGCUGAAGUCUUCAAGAAUGCCGGCAUAUAUGACCCAAAGAAGCUCUUGGGAGUCACUAUGCUUGAUGUUGUUCGAGCCAACACGUUCGUGGCUGAAGUUUUGGGACUUGAUCCUAGAGAAGUUAGUGUUCCUGUUGUUGGUGGGCAUGCAGGAGUCACAAUUCUGCCCCUUCUCUCACAGGUGAAACCUCCUUGCUCUUUCACACCGGAGGAAACGGAAUACUUAACAAAGCGCAUUCAAGAUGGUGGGACUGAAGUUGUUCAGGCAAAAGCUGGUGCAGGCUCAGCAACUCUGUCAAUGGCAUAUGCAGCAGUGAAAUUUGCAGAUGCAUGCCUUCGUGGCCUAAGAGGAGAUGCGGGCAUUGUUGAAUGUGCUUUUGUAGCUUCACAGGUUACAGACCUCCCGUUCUUUGCAACUAAGGUGCGACUUGGACGUGGAGGAGCUGAAGAGGUGUACCAGCUAGGGCCUCUGAAUGAGUAUGAGAGGGUUGGAUUGGAGAAAGCAAAGAAAGAACUGGCAGUAAGCAUUCAAAAGGGAGUUUCCUUCAUCAAAAAAUGAUAUCCUAUGAUAAUAAUAGCAUCAAGAAUCCCCCUUUUUAAGGCUAUUUUUAAGUUUGCUGCCUGAUAAAAGUUUUAAGAUGUUUCCUUGUGCAGUUUCUUUCUCUGUGUUAUCAGUAAAUUUUAUCUGUGUUAUAAUACAAUAGAAGUGAAUGAGACAACUAUAUUCGCUUA